UCUAAUCAACCAUCGUAUGCUGAUUGCGUCCUGGCUCCCAAGCUCCAGCAUCUUCGUGUCGCCUCGGCCUACUAUCGUCAGUUCUGCAUUUCAGAAGAUCUCAUCUACGUUUGGCACUAUCUGGCCAACCUGUACAGCCUGCCAGCCUUCCAGGUCAGCUGUCCAACCGACCGCGACAUUCUCCUUCAUUAUGUUGACCGAGUGCAUGGGGGAGAAGCGCGGAAGUUGGCGGCCAUCAAACAUGAGUUGACCAGUCUUUCCGACACCGUCAGGAGUCUGUCGACGCCCGACCACGUCAAAGCGCCCUGCCCGGGCCAAGUUAACGCCGCCUCAACGUCUGCCCCAGGGCUCGGGCAAACGACAGGAGUCACAUCGCCCAGCAGUCGCUUGGACGAGGAUCCGACCUCCACGAGCCUCGAGGAGGUGACAGAAGAUUCGGACGGAACCGGAGAUGUGAUGUACCCGAGAGGUCUGAAGAAUAGUGACUCAUGCCAGACAAGUUGGACGCGGUCUGGGCCAAAAGGUGCAGAACGGGAAGCAGCCGGUCAGGGAAAGGUGACGCCGCUGUUGAGGGCAGAAAUGUACAAGUCGACUGGAUGCAUUCAGUUUUGCAAACCAAAGGACAUGUCUCCCGAAGGGAGGCAUGCUAACACGUUGAACGGGUUGGCUGGUUACGGGCAAACCAGAAAGCUCAACGACCCGCCUGCUUGCAGUCAGCCGACCAUCGAUGAGCCCAGUCAAGAGGCAGUGCUUCCGGUCCAGUUGAUUUCCAUUAAAAAGCGAGUACACCUGAACCCGACUGGCUCCAUCUGCCUAUGCCGGAUGGAGGCAAAGCUCUUUCGACUCGUUUCAUCGGUUCAAAAGACCAGGCUGACGAUGCACGAGAUUGCCCACGUUCCAAUUUGUCACAACCCGUCUACCUCCACGAACUGUCCAGCAAGAAAUGAUAACCUGUUACUCCAUCUUUUCGGGCUCCAAAUUCUUUUUGCGAUCACUAUGACAUUUUGUCAAAUAGAUCAGUUGCAUCGCCAUUGCGGAAGCCUCCUCAGCUCACACAUUCUUGGACGAGAUUGGCUUGAUCCGUCGGGCGGGUGUAUACUAUUCGACCUUCUACUUUCGGCUUCUCUAGCACUGCCUCAGUCCGUCAAGGAGGAUGACCAUCUCCCAUUUGAGCAGGAAGAUUUCUUUGAGUCGCACAGACAAUUCUUAGUCAAGCAGAGCCUAUUUCUUGCUGACAUUAGCCUUCUAUGUUUUCUCCCCUACCGUGAAAAUAUAAGUGCAUGCUCAGCCCGUCGUAACCCGUCUUGUCAGCAAGGUUGA